AUGAACGAGUCGAUUAAUUUGCCCGAUGGACUUUUCAAUGUGAAAAGUAUAUGUGAAGCGUCGUUUCCCGACUUCAUAAACUCCACCCGUCUGCUUUUCAGUCGGGCUUUUUUCAUCGACAACUUUAAAGGUAUACAGCGAGAAAACGUCCGCGAGAAUGCUAAAAAAGAAAAUAAUUGUGACCAAGAAUCUCAGCAAAAGGUUUCUGUCGUAAAUACUCGUAGUUGUGUCAAAAGCAAAUCGAAUUCCUACUACAAAUCGCUGACCUACACACUGUCACUGAUAAAGAAUUCUUCUGAAGAGAGCUCAUCGACUGAAGACAAAAGCGAAGGAAAAGAAGACGUUCGGCCAAGCCAACCUCAGAGUACUGUACGCCGGGAUGACCGCCAAGAGUAUCCACUCACAAACUCAUAUGCAGAACCCGAAUCUGAAUUACAGCUCGAAUCCGAAACAGAUGAAGAGGAUGUGAUUCGACAGAUGCAAGCUCUGGGUCUUCCUACUAGCUUUGGACGUCAACAGUAA